AUGCCCCGGGUCUUCCUUGUGAGGAGCCGCCGUCCACAACCACCUAACUGGAGCCGUCUGCCUGACCAGCUCCGAGGAGAUGCCUAUAUUCCAGACUGCUGCAGUCUGGCAGUGCCACCAGCGCACAGAUCUCCUGGUCUGAGAGACACUUGGGCAGCGUCCUCACAGGGAACCCUGACCUCUGCUCCCAGGGCCCCGGGGACACUUGGCUGCCCGCUUUGCCCCAAGGCCUUCCCGCUGCAGCGCAUGCUGACUCGGCACCUCAAGUGCCAUAGCCCGGCACGGCGCCACGUGUGCCACUGCUGCGGCAAGGGCUUCCACGAUGCCUUCGAUCUCAAGCGCCACAUGAGGACGCACACGGGAAUACGGCCGUUCCGCUGUGGAGCCUGUGGGAAAGCUUUCACUCAGCGCUGCUCCCUUGAAGCUCAUCUUGCCAAGGUACACGGGCAGCCGGCCAGCUAUGCUUACCGAGAGCGCAGGGAGAAGCUGCACGUGUGUGAAGACUGUGGCUUCACCAGCUCUCGGCCUGAUGCUUACGCACAGCAUCGCACGCUCCACCGCACACUCUGA